UUUGUGAAAGGACAUGGCUGAUCUUGUUGAGGUGUUCAAUUUCAAAGUUUAGAAGAACAUACCAAUUAUAUUUCCCUAAUAAUCCAUUAAGAAUCUGUAAUACAUGAUAUUACUUCAUCUAAAAGCUUUUUUGAAGUACUGCCUCUCAUAAAAAUAAUGACAUUGAAGGGCUGUGCUUUCUCUUGGUGUUCUGUGUUAUCAAGACUAGAGCUAGUGUAAUGCCGGAGAAACUGAGGCAGGAGAGAGAUUAGAGAGUUUUUAAUAUUUUAUUAAUGGGAGAGUAAGAUUGACUGGACAGGACUCAUGUCUCAGAUUAUCCAGUCAGACAGAGAUAAGUAUACUGGGACCAAGGAAUCCAUAUUGGUCCCAGGGCUGGAGGACCCAAAGAAUCCAGCGUCCAGCAUACAGCUGCCAGAUGCCAUUCUCCAGCAAUGAAUGAAGGAACCCCAACUUCUUAAAUACCUUUUUGGAGACAAAGAAGAAAGGGAGGGAAAGUUUUUUUAUCAGGGAGGGGAAGCCAUAAAACCUAAAAAUUCCAGAGACAAAGAAGUAAAGAUAUCAUGGGUUGGUCUUGGAAUAUUCUAAAGGAAUAUUGUAAAUCCAUAAAAGAGUCAGGAGAGCUACUCUUUUAUCUUGCUAAUUCAUAACCCAAGAACGAACAAUCCUUAGUUUUACUGGGUCAGAGACAGAACAGUUAAGGUAACUGAGACAGGGAAACUGAGUCAGGACAGUUAAAGAGAACUGUGGCAUAACACUAGGCCUUAGAAACACCAGUAAGGUGACCAGAAGUGUUAUUCUUAUUCUAUCCAUUGACAAUCUAUGGUUGCUGGGCUGCUGUAGAUUUUUCCUGAGGGAACUAUUCUGAUCAAUUAAUCAUUAAUCAACUUUUAUUAAAUACCUAUAGUGUGAUCACUCAGUGGUGAUCCAAGAGAAAAAGUGAGGUUCUGCUUUCAAAGUUUACAUUACAUUAGGGGGAUAAAAAAUAUUCACAGAUAAGUAAGUGCAGAAUACACAUAAAAUAAAUACAUAGCAACUUGUGGAGGUGAGCCAAGGCCUCUAGAAAAACAGGGUUCUUGAGAUGAGUUUUGGAGGAAUACAGAGGUUCUAGGAAAGUGAAGGUGAGACAGGAAAACAUUUUAGGCAUUUGGAAAAAGACAGAGUUGGAAAGUGGAAUGUGAUAUGAGGAAUGACAAGGAGCCACCUGGCUGUUCCUAUCCUCAGGGUAAUCAUUCUUUCAUCUUGGUGGGGCACUACUUCAGGUUGCUAUUAAAUGUCCUAAGAGAUUGAAGUGCAGGGCUCAUUUUUCUAAUAAAUUUGCACUAUCUUCCUUGGAAGAGAACACUAAUUUGAUCAGUUUACUACUCAUUCUUUUGACUAAUAGAAUGCUUAUUUGAUGUCUUCAGUGAUAAAGUGUGGAGCUCAGCAGGAUCAGAGUUCAUUUUGCUUGCUAAAUUUGGGACUAGAUUUAUUUGUCUCUUCAAGACAGUAGAAAUGGUUGUGUUUUCUUUUUUAAAGUUCACUACUCUGCCCAACUUGGUAAUCAAUUUAUUUUUAUUUUAGGCUCACUUUUUUUGGUGUUAAAACCAUCUAGUCAACCUUAAUACUGCUCAUGCCAAAGAUAAAAAAUGUAACCAACUAUUUAGCCACUAUACAAUUAUAUAUACAAAUAUAUAUAAAGCCACUAAGCAAUUGUCUUUAAUUUUGUUGUUGUUCAUAAGCAUUUUAAAAGUUUUUUUUUUUUUUUUUAAAGCAUUUUAAAAUGGCGGGCAUUCUGUUAAGUGCUUUACAAUAUUACCUCAUUUGAUUACUACAACACUGUGAAGCAGGUACUACAAUGAAUUUUAUUUUAUAACUGAAUAACUGUGAUUUGCCCAUGGUCACAUAGCUAGUAAAUGAGUGAGAUCACACUUGAAUUCAGGACUUCCUGUUUUCAUGUCUGUGCUGUCGCAUAGCACAUUUUUUACAAAGCAUUUUUUGUUUUAAAAUUUUUACUUAGCAUUUAGAAAGCAAUUGUUCAUAUAACAAGGUUUCACAUACUUGCAAAAGACUAGUUAUUUUUAUAAUAAAGUGAAUGUCAGCUUUUUCAGUCUGUCUCUGUCAACUAUGUAUGUUACACAUAGUAAAUGCUUAACGAUUAAAGAAUUGUAUUGAAAAUACCAUUUUAGGCUCAUAGAGUAAUUUUCAUUAUUUCUUUUCAAAAGCAGACUAGAAUUUAGAAAAGUUGUGUCUUUGUAAGGUCACAAAACAGAAUCAAGUUUCCCAACUUUUACUCUAAUGUUCAAUUAAUCUGGGGAAUGGGUUAUUUAGUUCAGAAAAAAGGUCUAGAGGAGAGAAAGGAAGUAUGAUUAAUGGAUUUUGUAAUUAUGACCGCUGUCUCGGGUUGCCAGUCAUUCAGUUUCACCCACGAAGUCUGUAACAUCAUGGGGUUUCUUUCAAAUGCAGGAAAUUGUGAACCAUUAAUUUACAAAGGGUUUCUUUCUUUCUGUUUUUUUUUUUUUUUUUUUUUAAAAGUCCGAUAGUGACCGCAUAAGAACUAGCUCUACCUUGAACCUGGAGCCCUGAGUUCAAAUUUAAAUUCUGGUGUGAUCAUAGGUAAGACCUUUUUGGAUUUAGCUCUUGCAAUCCUAAAUUUGUGAUUCUGUGACCAUGACCCCACGUCUAAGCUCCUGCAGGAAGAACCGCACAACUGCUUCUUUGGAUGCAAGCCCAAUGAAUUCGGUGGUCCCGAAAGAAUCUUUGAUUCGGUCAGUACUUCAUGACCUCCCAUGCCCUUCCCGUUCGGUUUCUGUAAUAUAUAUUUAUAUGUAUUUGAGUAUCUAGAGCUAUAAACUUCAUGUAAUAUUAUUUGAAAUCAAUUUUGUUCACGAUUUCACUCUUCAGAGGGAAAUUGCAGAAAAUGUCGUGAUACUUUUCUUAAGGUCACACACGCACCGCCCCCACCGGGCUGUCGGAAUGGAUUAAAGACAAAAUAGGCUCUGCCCGGGGACAGUAAAGUGGCAAUGACGUAGGUGUCGCCCCACCCACGCCCCAGUCCGCAGAUCACAGGGAACUCCCGCAUGUAUGCGCGCGCAAUCGCCGGACACAGGGAAGGCGGACUAGUGGGUCACCGAAGCGCGUACUCAAGAGCGCGUGCCCGCGAGAAAAGGGGAGGGGAAGGACGGGAAGGGGGUGGGGGAUUUGCCCGGCGCUCCCCGGCGUCUGGGCGGAGGUGGUGGUGGUAGAGUGGGGGUGUGCGCGCUCUUGGAGUCUUCCUUUUCUCCGCCUCUUCUCUCUCUAGCCGCACGCGCUGGACUAGCGCACUGUCUCCUCACGCGCCUGGGCUGCCCUCUCCCCGCCCCCGCUCCGCCCCCGCCUCGCUCUCGGGUCCAGUUUUUGUGCGCCGGUGCAGCAGGCUUUGGGAGCAUCCGGGCAUUUCCGUAGCAAAGCGGUAGUCCCGGGAGGCGCGCAUCAGCGUCGGCGGCGGAGCUCCCCCAUGGCCGAGGCGAAGAGGGGGGCGAGGCAUUAAGGAGGAGCCAGCCCCUGGAGGGGGGUGGCUGUCCCUUUCCCCAGACGCCGGCAGCGGUGGCACUCGGUGCUUUGCUCUGCCCUCUUCCCAGCCCCCGGGCUCGGAUUCCAGCUCCGGAGAUGCAUCUGCACCAGGUCCUCACCGGGGCUGUCAAUCCUGGGGACAACUGCUAUUCCGUGGGCAGCGUUGGGGAUGUCCCUUUCACGGCAUAUGGAUCAGGCUGUGAUAUUGUUAUUUUGGCCAAUGACUUUGAAUGUGUGCAGAUCAUCCCUGGUGCUAAACAUGGAAACAUCCAAGUCAGCUGUGUGGAGUGCUCUAAUCAGCAUGGAAGAAUUGCAGCUUCAUAUGGAAAUGCUGUUUGCAUUUUUGAACCCUUGGGUAUCAAUUCUCACAAGAGAAAUUGUCAAAUCAAGUGUCAAUGGCUUAAAACUGGACAAUUUUUUCUGAGUUCUGUGACUUACAACUUAGCAUGGGAUCCCCAAGGUAACAGGUUGUUAACAGCAACUGAUUUGGUACAGUUAUGGGCUCCUCCAGAGAGUGACAUUUUAGAAGAAGAAGAAGAAAUUGAUCAGGUUAAAGAUAAUAAAAUUCCUCCUGUUUUAAAUGAUUGGAAGUGCAUCUGGCAAUGCAAAACUUCAGUUUCUGUUCAUUUGAUGGAAUGGUCCCCUGAUGGUGAAUAUUUUGCUACAGCUGGAAAGGAUGAUUGUCUUUUAAAAGUGUGGUAUCCUAUGACUGGUUGGAAGUCUAUUAUACCUCAAGAGCAUCAAGAAUUGAAAAAAAAGCAGAUAUUUACCAACUUUUCAUUUGUUUAUUUGGCACAUCCUCGAGCUGUAACAGGUUUUUCAUGGCGUAACACUAGCAAGUUCAUGCCCAGGGGUUCUGUUUGUAAUGUGCUAUUAACCUCAUGCCAGGAUGGCAUCUGCCGUCUGUGGGCAGAAACCUUAUUACCAGAAGACUGUCUUCUGGGGGAACAGAUUUGUGAGACGAGCACUUCCAGCAUUGCCAGCAGUCUUUCUCAUUCUGGAAGACAGAAAGACAGAAUACAACAUGCUCUCGAGACCAUUCAUCAUUUGAAAAAUUUAAGGAAAGGUCAGAGAAGAUCUUCUGUUCUUGUGACUCACACUGAAUUAAUGCCUGACCAGAUGGGAACCCAUGAAGUUCAAAGACAUAUUUCCCAUCAUGCUAAUGCACUGUGUCACUUUCAUAUUGCAGCAAGUAUCAACCCUAUCACAGAUAUUCCAUCAGUUCUAGCUGGAACUGCAUUUAACUUUGAUGAAGGAAAUGGGGGAUUUGUGGUUCAUUGGCUAAACAACAAAGAGUUCCAUUUUACAUCCUCUACUGAAAUAUUUAUGCAGCAGUUAAGAAGGCUUUCUGAUUUGCAAGUAGAACAUGAAAAUGAUUAUGGAGAUAGAGAUGAGGAGGAACUGCAAGAAGAGAGAGAGAGGGGCUUACAUAUGAAGCUAGAUCAUGAAUUAUCCUUGGAUAGAGAAUCUGAAACAGGAACAGGAUCAUCAGAACAUGAAGAUGGAGAACGAGAGGGAAGUCCUAGAAGUCACACCCGAGCCACUAUGCCAAUGCCACUUCCAACAGUCUUAUUAGAUCGGAAAAUUGAAAUGCUGCUUACUGAAUGGAACAGGAAUCCAGAUAUGCUUUUUACAAUCCACCCCAUUGAUGGUACUUUUUUGGUGUGGCAUGUAAAAUAUUUGGAUGAAUACAACCCAGGAAUAUUUAGACAAGUUCAGGUUUCAUUUUCUUCUCGGAUCCCUGUUGCAUUUCCCUCUGGGGAUGCCAGUUCUCUCAGCAAAAAUAUUAUGAUGUAUGCUGCUAAAGAUGUGACUAAUAUCCUGUGGCAUCAGGAGAAGAGUACUGAUGAUGUUCUUGAAUCCCAACCAAGCUCCAGACAUGAGAGCAUGAAUGUAAACAUCGCAGUUCCUGUAGUAAUGAUGGUCUCCAAACAUGUUGAUGGAUCUUUAAAUCAAUGGGCAGUUACUUUUGCUGAUAAAUCUGCCUUUACUACUGUGCUAACUGUAUCUCACAAGUUCAGAUACUGUGGUCACCGUUUUCACCUCAAUGAUCUGGCUUGUCAUUCAGUUUUGCCAUUAUUAUUAACAUCAUCUCAUCAUAAUGCUGUACUGACUCCUGAAUCAGAUUGUCUUUGGGAAUCAGAUACAAAACUAAGUAGAGUCAUGGAUUCUGUAAAGCAUAUUAAAGGUUCAUCUAAAGAACCCCUUAGAAAUGCAGCUACUCGUACAUUUCAUGACCCAAAUGCGAUCUACAGUGAGCUAAUUUUGUGGCGGGUGGACCCAAUAGGACCUUUGUCAUAUACAGGGGGAGUCUCUGAAUUGGCACGAAUCAACUCUCUCCACACUUCUGCCUUUUCCAAUGUAGCUUGGCUUCCAACUCUUAUUCCCAGCUACUGUCUAGGUACAUACUGCAAUUCUGCUAGUGCUUGCUUUGUUGCUUCUGAUGGCAAAAAAUUGAGAUUAUAUCAAGCUGUUGUAGAUGCCAGAAAGUUGCUUGAUGAACUUUCAGAUCCAGAAUCCUCAAAACUUAUUGGAGAAGUGUUUAACAUUGUGAGCCAGCAGUCUACUGCUCGACCUGGAUGCAUUAUUGAGCUUGAUGCAAUAACUAACCAAUGUGGCUCAAAUACACAGUUACUUCAUGUUUUUCAAGAAGAUUUCAUUAUAGGAUAUAAACCACUUAAGAUGGAAACAGAGCAGAAGGAAACAGAGAUAUUUUUCCAACCAUCUCAAGGAUAUCGUCCACCACCUUUUUCGGAAAAGUUCUUUCUUGUAGUAAUUGAAAAAGACAGUAAUAAUUAUUCUAUUCUUCACAUGUGGCAUCUUCAUCUUAAAUCUGUACAAGCUUGUUUAGCUAAAACUGAAAUUUCUUCAUCAGAGAAUCUACUUACAGUGCCUGGGCAAAGGAACAUAGAUUCUUCUCCAGAAACUCCUCCUAGUAUAAGUUCUAUGCCACAUUCUUCAUCUAUUGCUAAUCUCCAGACUGCUAGUAAACUCAUUCUGAGUUCUAGUCUUGUCUACAGUCAACCGCUUGACCUUCCAGAUGGAGUGGAAGUAAUUAGAGCAACACCUUCAGCAGGUCAUCUGAGUUCCUCUUCAAUUUAUCCUGUCUGCCUUGCACCUUACUUGGUGGUUACAACUUGUUCUGAUAACCGAGUACGGUUUUGGAAAUGUCAUGUAGAAGGAGAACAAAAUGGUAGAACUAAUGGGAAAGAAACCUAUCAUUGGAGAAAAUGGCCUUUGAUGAAUGAUGAAGGAGAAGAUAGUAGCAGCACAGUGAGCAUCGUAGGAAGACCAGUCGCUGUUAGUUGUUCCUAUACAGGCCGGCUUGCAGUGGCCUACAAGCAGCCUAUCCAGCACAAUGGCUUUGUUUCUAAAGAAUUCUCCAUGCAUGUGUGUAUAUUCGAGUGUGAAUCCACUGGGGGAUCAGAAUGGGUUUUAGAACAAACAGUUCAUCUUGAUGAUUUAAUUAAGGUUGGUAGUGUCCUUGAUUCAAGGGUUAGUGUUGAUAGUAAUCUCUUUGUCUAUAGUAAAUCAGAAGCCGUUUUGAGUAAAGACCGAUAUCUAAUGCCUAACAUCAAGCAUUUAGUUCAUUUGGACUGGGUUUCCAAAGAGGAUGGCUCUCACAUACUCACUGUGGGAGUUGGUGCUAACAUCUUUAUGUAUGGGCGGCUUUCUGGGAUUGUGACAGAGCAGACAAACAGCAAAGAUGGCGUAGCCGUUAUCACUUUGCCAUUAGGUGGGAGUAUCAAGCAAGGGAUAAAGUCAAGAUGGGUUCUUCUAAGAUCAAUAGACUUGGUAUCUUCUGUUGAUGGCACACCUUCAUUGCCAGUUUCUCUUUCUUGGGUAAGAGAUGGUAUACUGGUAGUGGGAAUGGACUGUGAAAUGCAUGUUUAUGCUCAGUGGAAACAUGCUGUCAAGUUUGGAGACAAUGAAACUGGUACUCCUGCUGCUGAGGAAUCAACAGGGGACCCUCCUGUGUCUUAUAAAUCUAGCAUGGUCUCGAGGAAAAGUAUAAUCGAAGGGACAGCUAUCACAGAUGAUGUGUUUGCUACACCAGCUGUUGUUCAAGAUGGCGGCUUAUUUGAAGCUGCCCAUGUACUUUCUCCAACUCUUCCACAGUAUCACCCAACCCAGUUAUUGGAAUUGAUGGAUUUAGGGAAAGUUCGCAGGGCUAAAGCCAUCCUUUCUCAUUUAGUUAAAUGUAUUGCAGGGGAAGUUGCAAUAGUUAGGGAUGCUGAGACUGGAGAAGGAGCUAAGCGGCAUCUUUCUCGAACCAUCAGUGUAAGUGGCAGUACCGCAAAGGAUACAGUCACAAUAGGCAAAGAUGGUACUCGGGAUUAUACUGAGAUUGAUUCUAUUCCUCCACUCCCAUUGUAUGCACUGCUUGCCGCGGAUCAAGAUACAACUUAUAGAAUUUCUGAAGAAAGUACUAAAAUAUCACAGGACUAUGAAAAUUCUACUAAGAGCGCACAAGAAGACCAGUAUUCAGAUCUGUUCCAGAUUCAGGCCAUAACAACAGAUGAUUUUCUUGACUUAGAGCUAGAAAAGAGAGAAAGCAAAUCCAAAGUAAUUAAUCUUUCUCAGUAUGGCCCAGCUUACUUUGGUCAAGAACAUGCCAGUGUACUUUCAAGCCAUCUUAUGCAUUCAAGUCUUCCAGGCCUUACCCGUUUGGAGCAGAUGUUCCUUGUAGCUUUGGCUGAUACUGUGGCUACCACUAGCACUGAACUUGAUGAACAUAGAGACAAGAGUCACUCAGGAAGAGAUACAUUAGAUGAAUGUGGGUUGAGAUAUUUAUUGGCUAUGAGGUUACACACAUGCCUUUUAACAUCAUUACCUCCUUUAUAUCGAGUACAACUUCUUCAUCAAGGUGUGUCUACAUGUCACUUUGCCUGGGCUUUUCAUUCUGAGGCUGAGGAAGAACUAAUUAAUAUGAUUCCUGCUAUUCAACGAGGAGAUCCUCAGUGGUCUGAAUUAAGAGCCAUGGGGAUAGGUUGGUGGGUCAGGAAUAUUAACACACUUCGAAGGUGCAUUGAAAAGGUUGCUAAAGCAUCAUUUCAGAGAAACAAUGAUGCUUUGGAUGCUGCAUUAUUCUACCUUGCUAUGAAGAAGAAAGCAGUGGUGUGGGGUCUGUUUAGGUCACAACAUGAUGAAAAGAUGACUGCGUUUUUCAGUCAUAAUUUUAGUGAAGAUAGAUGGCGUAAGGCUGCUUUGAAAAAUGCCUUUUCCUUAUUAGGAAAACAACGUUUUGAACAGUCAGCAGCCUUUUUUCUGUUAGCUGGUUCUUUGAAAGAUGCCAUUGAGGUUUGUCUGGAAAAAAUGGAAGACAUUCAGCUAGCCAUGAUUAUUGCUCGUUUGUAUGAAUCUGAAUUUGAGACGUCAUCCACGUACAUAUCCAUUCUAUAUGAAAAGAUUUUGGGUUGUCAGAAAGAUAGCUCAGGAUUCAAUUGUAGUAGAUUACAUCCUGAUCCCUUCCUGCGUAGUCUUGCUUAUUGGGUAAUGAAAGACUACACAAGGGCUUUAGAUACACUCUUGGAACAAACACCAAAGGAAGAAGAUGAAAAUCAAGUCAUUAUUAAAUCUUGCAAUCCUGCGGUAUUUAGCUUUUACAACUACCUCCGGACCCACCCAUUGCUUCUACGAAGAAACUUUGGCUCACCUGAAGGGACUUUAGCAACUUUAGGUUUCAAAAGUGAGAAAAGUUUUGUUGGUAAAAUUAACCUUAUCGAGAGAAAAUUAUUCUUUACCACUGCAAAUGCUCACUUUAAAGUUGGAUGUCCUGUGCUAGCUCUUGAGGUACUUUCCAAAAUUCCAAAAGUAACUAAGAAGUCAAGCUUUUCUGUAAACAAAGAUCACCUUGGAGCUUUGGAAUCCAAAGCAUGGGGUGAAAGUAGUGAAAGUGUUCCCUUAACCUCAGCCAAUGUACAAUCCUCUCAGUUCGACUGGAGUCAAACAACAUUAGAACUUGUUGAGGAGCCACUCAAGCUUGAUUGGGGUGAAGAUCAAGAAAGUGCUUCAGAAGAGGAAAAUGAUGCUGGUUUGGUAAUGAAAAAUUCAGAUUUGGAAAAAAGAAAUGGAAAACAAGAUCAGAAAGUUUCAGAUGCCAAUAUGUUACUAAGCCCCCAGGAAGAAGAAUCUCAGGAAGGUGACCCUGAAGUUGAUGUAAUUGCUGAACAACUAAAAUUCAGAGCAUGUUUAAAGAUCCUCAUGACUGAACUUAGGACAUUGGCUACAGGCUAUGAAGUAGAUGGAGGAAAACUCAGAUUUCAACUCUACAACUGGUUAGAAAAAGAAAUUGCUGCCAUGCAUGAAAUAUGUAACCAUGAAUCAAGUGGUAAAGAAUACUCUAGCAAAACAUAUUCCAAAAUAGAUGGUGAAAUCCUUGAUUUUGAAGAAAUGAUAGACAAACCAGAAGUUGGCUCAUAUGAACGCCACCAGUUAGAAAGACGAAGAUUACAAGCCAAACGAGAACAUGCUGAAAGGAGGAAAUUGUGGUUACAGAAAAACCAAGAUCUUUUGAGAGUAUUUCUUAGUUACUGUAGUCUGCACGGAGCACAAGGUGGUGGCCUAGCCUCAGUAAGAAUGGAACUCAAAUUUUUGCUUCAAGAAUCACAACAGGAAACUACAGUGAAACAACUCCAGUCUCCGCUACCAUUACCUACAACACUACCUCUACUUUCAGCAAGUAUUGCUUCAACAAAAACAGUCAUCGCUAAUCCUGUAUUAUAUCUAAAUAAUCACAUCCAUGAUAUCCUUUAUACCAUUGUUCAGAUGAAAGUGCCACCACAUCCCAAUAUUGAAGAUGUGAAGGUGCACACACUUCAUUCAUUAGCAGCUUCACUUUCUGCAUCUAUUUACCAAGCAUUAUGUGACAGUCAUAGCUAUAGUAGCCAGACUGAGUCGAAUCAGUUUACAGGAAUGGCUUACCAAGGGCUUCUUUUAAGUGAUCGCCGAAGACUAAGAACAGAAAGCAUUGAUGAACAUGCAACACCAAAUUCAUCUCCUGCUCAGUGGCCAGGUGUGAGCUCCCUUAUCAACUUACUAAGCUCUGCUCGAGAUGAGGACCAACCAAAAUUGAACAUCUUGUUGUGUGAAGCUGUUGUUGCUGUCUACUUAAGUUUAUUGAUACAUGCCCUUGCCACAAAUUCCUUCAAUGAAUUAUUUAGACUAGCAGCUCAUCCAUUAAACAGUCGGAUGUGGGCUGCUGUGUUUGGAGGUGGAGUGAAACUUGUAGUAAAGCCUCGAAGACAAUCGGAAAAUAUUUCAGCACCUCCUGUUCCUUCUGAGGAAAUAGAUAAACAUCGAAGACGUUUUAACAUGAGAAUGUUAGUGCCUGGAAGGCCUGUAAAAGAUGCAACACCCCCACCAGUACCUGCAGAAAGACCAUCUUAUAAAGAAAAAUUCAUCCCUCCAGAACUUAGUAUGUGGGAUUAUUUUGUCGCAAAGCCAUUUCUACCUUUAUCUGAUAGUGGCCUUAUAUAUGAUUCAGAUGAAAGCAUUCAUAGUGAAGAAGAAGAUGAUGAUGCUUUUUUUUCUGACACACAAAUCCAGGAGCAUAGAGAUCCAAACUCCUACAGCUGGGCCCUUAUACAUUUGGCAAUGGUUAAACUCGCACUUCAUAAUGUCCGAAAUUUCUUUCCUGUUGCUGGUCUGGAAUUCUCAGAUCUUCCUGUAACUUCCCCAUUGGGCAUUGCUGUGAUAAAAAAUUUAGAAAAUUGGGAACAAAUCCUACAGGAGAAAAUGGACCAGUUUGAAGGGCCGCCUCCAAACUACAUCAAUACAUGUCCUAGUGAUACCUCAGUAGGAGCAGGACCAGCUACCCUGCGCAACAAAGCAAUGUUAGACCCUGAAAAUACUCCAUUCAAAUCCAGAGAUUCCUCUGCAUUUCCAGCUAAACGACUCUGGCAUUUCCUUGUUAAACAAGAAAUCCUUCAAGAGACAUUUAUUAGAUAUAUAUUUACUAAGAAAAGAAAACAGAGUGAGUCUGUAGAAGAUCUUGAAGAACAGGUCAAACAAAACUUCGUAGUGGAAGAUUGCCUAAACAAGGUUGAAGCUGAUCUUGGUUAUCCAGGGGGAAAAGCAAAAAUCAUCCACAAAGAAUCUGACAUGAUUAUGGCAUUUGCAGUUAAUAAGGCAAACAAUAAUGAAAUAGUCUUGGCUUCAACUCAUGAUGUACAAGAACUUGAUGUUACUUCUUUGUUGGCCUGUCAGUCAUAUAUAUGGAUUGGAGAAGAGUAUGACAGAGAAUCAAAAAGUUCUGAUGACGUUGAUUAUCGUGGUUCUACUACAACUCUUUCUCAGGCCCCAACGACAUCCUUUACAGUGAGUCAGGUGCAUCCAUCUUCUUCUUUGCCAUGGUUAGGCAGUGGACAAACAAGCACUGGAGCUGGUGUGCUUAUGAAAAGAAAUCUUCAUAAUGUUAAGAGAAUGACUUCACAUCCUGUUCAUCAGUACUAUCUGACAGGAGCUCAGGAUGGCAGCGUACGAAUGUUUGAAUGGUCUCGUCCACAGCAGCUGGUGUGCUUCCGUCAAGCAGGCAAUGCAAGAGUUACCAGGAUGUAUUUCAAUUCACAAGGGAACAAGUGUGGUGUUGCAGAUGGAGAAGGUUUUCUAAGCAUUUGGCAAGUAAAUCAAACUGCAUCCAAUCCCAAACCUUAUCUGAGUUGGCAGUGCCAUGGCAAAACCACAAGUGACUUUGCAUUUAUUACCUCUUCAAGUCUAGUUGCCACAUCUGGACAGUCCAAUGAUGGCAGAAAUGUAUGUCUUUGGGAUACCCUGAUAUCACCUGCAAACAGUCUCAUUCAUGGUUUCACCUGCCAUGAGCAUGGUGCCACAGUACUUCAGUAUGCACCUAAGCAGCAACUUUUAAUCUCUGGAGGCAGGAAAGGAUGGGUCUGUAUAUUUGAUAUUCGACAGAGACAAAUAAUUCAUACGUUCCAGGCCCAUGACUCGGCUAUUAAGGCCAUGGCUCUGGACCCUUGUGAGGAAUAUUUUACUACAGGAUCAGCAGAGGGGAACAUCAAGGUGUGGAGAUUGACAGGCCAUGGCUUAAUUCAUUCAUUUAAAAAUGAGCAUGCCAAACAAUCCAUAUUCAGAAAUAUUGGGGCUGGAGUCAUGAAGAUUGAAAUAGUUCCAGGCAAUCGACUUUUCUCCUGUGGAGCAGAUGGCACACUGAAGAUGAGAGUUUUACCCAGUGCUUUUAACAUCCCCAAUAGCAUUUUUGACAUUCUGUAAACUUAAGGAUUUGGGCAUUAUUUUUAUAUAUACCUUUCAAUUUUUAAAAAGCUGCACUAGUAUCCAGUAUGAGAACUAAUUGUGCUUUCUGAGCUGUUUUUUGACAAAUUGAAAACAGUACAAAAUACUGCAAAUCUUUGUUCACAUCGAAUUUGAUUAAAGCAGCUGACUUAUUUUGAGCAUUGCCUGCCUCAAUAAGCAGGUAGGAUGGCUGUGCAUGCAUUGUAUUGUAAUGAUUUAACGUAUUGAAAAAUUAUACUUAGUAUAGUGAAGGGUUAGCAUUAUUUAUGGCAUUUAGCAACCUGAUUCAGAGAGAAAUAGAUACUAACAGGCCACAGUAGUGAAGAACACUGGGAUAACAAAAUAAAAUCCUAAAAUGUUGAUGCUGAUUCAGGUUUCUCUUCCAGUUCUUGAAAGCAUGCCCGCAAUUUUCUUAUUUGUAAUGAAGGGAAGGAUCUUGUUAAUGAAGACGUUAGGAGUUCCAGGUCACCAGACUUCCAAAAAUAUAUAUAUAUUUAACUGUGGAACACAGUAAACCCAUGUACUGCAGAGAGAGAAAGACCCAUCUGUUCUUUUCUGCUGAAAUUUUUUUUCCUGUUAGUGUUUCUACUGGGCUAGUACUAUAACUUGCACACGAACGCAAACUUAAAUGCAAUUUUUUCUUUCUAGUUCGUACAUUCACAUUUUUUUCACUGCUAGAUUUUCUAUUUAAAUACUUGCCUUCACAUUAGGAAUGUAACAUGUGAACAUGGAAUAUUUGUAAGUGAACCAAAACUUGUUUUCUUAGUCCAGUUUAGUACAUUUUCUUGUACCCAAGAAAAAUUAAAGAUACCACUUAAAAAUUACAUUAAAAUCACACCAAUGGAGCGUACAAUGCCACACUUCAAAUGAAUGUUGGGCUUUUUUGGGGCCAGUUAACAAAUAGAUGAUAUUGGUGAUAUUAUUUAUUACCACCAUAUACUGUAUAAACUAUGCAGAGUUAAAUAUUAUUUGCUUGUAAUAUAUUUGCAAAUGUUGUCAUAUUUUGAUGUAAUUCCUUGGUUAUGACCAAAAAAUGUUCUUGAGAUAUUGGAACUGGUGUCUAUGUAUUUAAAUGUUAACCAGCAAAUUGUCUUAUUACGUUAAUGAGAAUGUCAAUGCUUGUUCAGUAAUAAUAAACUAUAAUGGCAUAACAGCACCUUUCUCCGAAGGCGAUGUGAAAUACAGACUGUGAAAUAAGUAUGUAAAAGAAAAAUAAAUGUUGUUUGUUAAAGUUUCA